AUGCCCUCCGACCUCUCCUACUGGCUCAUCGCAGCCCCCCUCAAGCAUGGCGACCCCGACAUUAUGCUCCAGGACGUCCGCGACGAGGUGUCGGGCGUCACUGUCGCCAAGUGGGAGAUACCCGAGCUCAAGGCGGGCACUCUGUCAAACCUCUUGGUCCUCUCUGACGCUCUCCCCAAACUCGACGCUCAAUUCACAAACACCGUCUCCAAACUCCUCGACCAACUCCGUACCCUCGUCUCGGACGACCCCUCCAAGCUCGCGCAGCAUGCGAGGAUCAAUGAGUUGCCGGUGGAAGAGUAUUUGUUGGGGAACGGGGAGGGGUUCAAAUGGGAUAGGAGCAGGUGGGGACAGGAGGGGAAAGUGGAUGAAGUGGUCGGGGCUUUGAAGAAGGAGAUUGAAUCUAUCGACGCUGUCCAAAAAACAAAGUACCAAUCGUACCAGAUCUCCAAAGGCAAGCUCACGCAGAUCCAACGAAACCAAUCCGCCAACCUUUCCUCACGGUCGUUGCUCGGUAUUGUUCAGAAGAACCACCUGGUGCCGGACAGUGAAUACCUCGAAACAUUGAUCUUUGCUGUUCCCAAGAACUCUGUCAAGGACUGGAAUGAAAAGUACGAGCGUCUGACCAGCAUGGUUGUGCCCAGAAGCACCCAGCAAAUCACCGCGGACGACGAUUAUGUGUUGCAGACCGUGACGGUGUUCAAGAAAGUCCGGGACGAGUACAUCCACAAGUGUCGAGAGAACAAGUUCAUCGUCAGAGAAUUCACAUGGGACGAUAGUGCGCUGGAAAAGCUAAAGCAGGAGACUGCCGAUUUGGAAGUCGAAGAGAAAGAGCUCUGGACGGACCUCCUGAAACUCACCCGAGUCAACUUUUCCGAAGCAUACCAAGUCCUCGCGCAUCUCAAGACGAUCAACCUCUUUGUCGAAUCCGUCCUCCGAUAUGGUCUUCCAGCGGACUAUGCCGGCGUCAUCAUCAAACCGGAAUCAAAGACGGCAGCUAAAACCCUCCGCACCAUCAACGAAUCAUACGCCAACCUCGCCCUCUCUUCCUCCAGCAAUUCCAGCGCCAAAAAGGGCAAGGGUAAAGACAAGAGCAGUGGUGGAGGGGCGGGAGAAGAGGUGGGGGGCGAGUUUGCUAGUGUGAUGGAGGCGGAGUAUUACAAUAUGGUGUUUGUGGAGUUGCCUAUGGUUGUUACGCGAUGA